ACGCUGCAUUUAAAAAUGGCCAACGCCGCAGGCGGUCAACCACUUGUAAUUUUCACCUUCCAGGUUCCAGUUUCUACAGUAAACCGUUUGGUCAACGAUUAAUUUUCCAACAGGUGGUCGUCACUAUUCAAGACAAUUACUUUUGCCCGCUUAUACUCUUCAGUGCUAUUCACACGUACUUUCAAUUAGACGUUAAACGUACGGUGGAUGGCCAACCGCACCAAAGUGAAAGGAAGGACAAAGGAUCACUGCGGAAAAGGAUCCGUGUAGUUGAACCGUGUACUAUGAAUUGGAACGUAAAAUGGAGGGCCGUGUAGCUGGUCGACAAUAUUCGUUGUUAUCCUCCGCCGCCUUUCCCUGCUCGUGAAGAUCCCACUACUCGAUAUUGUUACUUUGUCGUAAACGAGGGUGGAGAAUGGAAUGGAUGGAUCGUGCCCCCUACUCCUCUCAAAUUUUGGCGAACAGAAUGGUUCCGAUCGUGGAGUUGGAUAUCUGGUGCAGAAGUUGCCACUGUACAGGCCAAGCCCAGACACGAGUGACUUGGGCUACCACACCUUGGACAAUAGUGCUUGCAGGUCAUCGUCCUCUACUUCAAACGUCACAGCUCCCAUCAAACAUCAACACCAGCAUCAACAGCAAAAGACUCUAUGCCAAUUGGACGAAGAAUUGUUAUUGAAGAUUUUCGACUGGCUUACAACCAAGGAACGAUGUACAGUAGCUCAAACAUGCCAUCGACUGCGAGAAGUUGCAUGGCAUCCCUCUCUAUGGCACGACAUAGAGAUGGACCAUACGCAGUGCGUGACUGCAGCUAUGAAUGCAAUAGCAUAUCAUGGCCACCAUUCCAGAAUCCAUCGUCUCAUCCUGGACGGAGCCAGCGGACAUCCUGGAGUCCUAGCGGCUCUUCCUUUGCCAAGACUGACGACUCUGGCCUUGCGUCACCUGAGACAUGUGAAUGAUGACAUUGUUGCAGCAAUACUGGACAAUUGUAUGCAUUUAAGAGAGCUAGACUUAACCGGAUGUGCCUUUGUCACAAGAGCCUAUACUCACCGCAGUGCUCUGCAGCUCCAAUCGUUGGAUAUGAGCGAUUGCCACGGCGUGGACGAUGCUGGUCUUGCUCUCACCCUUUCUCGCAUGCCUCAUCUCUCUUGUCUUUAUUUACGACGUUGUGCACGAAUAACCGAUGCCAGCCUUGUUGCUGUGACUUCAUACUGCGGAACUUUGCGUCAACUUUCCGUAUCAGAUUGUGGAAGAGUAACAGAUUUUGGUGUGCGAGAAUUAGCUGCGCGUUUGGGUCCGUCUUUGAGGUACCUUUCCGUUGGCAAAUGUGAUCGUGUUUCGGAUGCUGGAAUCCUAGUUGUCGCACGACAUUGCUACAAGUUGAGAUACCUAAAUGCCAGAGGAUGCGAAGCACUCAGCGAUACUGCUGUCCUCGCAUUGGCCAAGGGCUGCCCUCGCAUGCGUGCCUUUGACCUCGGGAAGUGUGACAUUGGUGAUGCAACCCUGGAGGCUCUAUCAACAGGUUGUCCAAACUUGAAAAAGCUUUCUUUACGGGGCUGUGAACGCAUAACUGAUGAUGGCCUUGAAGCUCUUGCCUAUUAUGUCCGUGGCUUGCGGCAAUUGAAUAUCGGAGAUUGUCCAAAAGUCACUUGUCUUGGAUAUCGUGCUGUUAAACGCUAUUGUCGACGCUGUGUCAUUGAGCACACCAACCCUGGCUUUUCGAGUUGAUCUUUAGCAUCAUUUGCGUGUCAUCACUCGAUCCAGUGUCAUUUUUACACAUAAGUACAUUUUUUUUUUGUUCUCUUCAACUGCCACAUUCCACGAAAUGGAGCAGUCCCAAUUUUUGGGAUGAUUUUAAUCCGUCCAGUGCCACUUAGUGUUGCCAUAUGAAAAUAUUAAAUUGCAUGAUGAUCGUGUAAAGAUUAGUAUUGAGAAUUAAACGUCCAUGUACAAUUGCAGCAUCAGAUGAAAAGAGAAGACAUAAAUAUAUAUAUAUAUAUGUGUAAAAUUUUAUAGACUAAUAUUUGGUAAACAAAAAACGUAUAUUCGCCUUAUUCAACGUAUACCGUAUUUACCUGAAAAUAAGACACAGUGCACUAUGAAACUUGAUAAACCAGAGCUCAAAGUCGACAGUUUCUUAUUUCUGUGUAAAUAUUUUUACUUACACGAAUGUAUACGCUACAUUAACAUUACAAUAGACUGUAUAAAAUUUAUGAUUAGUGAGUUGGAAGCGUACAUGACCCUAAAGAAAUUUGAUCCGUAAGAAUGUAUUAAAACGACAAUAUUUAACAAAAUUUUCAAAUUAUUUGAUCAGCAUGAU